UCCCAGCAGUCCUUUCUGAGGAGCCUGACUGAGCGGGUCUGUAGCCGGACGGCGCGUAUGGACGGGUUUAGAAGGGUUUUUAUAAAUGUUAUACCCUUUUCGUCGUAAAAUUCAUUCCGUAACCAACUGAACAAACAUGCCGGCGUAUUUUCAGCGCCCCGAAAAUGCCCUUAAGAGGGCGAAUGAGUUUCUUGAAGUGGGGAAGAAGCAGCCUGCUCUGGAUGUUCUUUAUGACGUGAUCAAGAGCAAGAAACAUCGAACAUGGCAGAAGAUCCACGAGCCCAUCAUGCUCAAGUACCUGGAGCUCUGUGUGGACCUCCGCAAGAGCCACCUGGCUAAAGAGGGCCUGUACCAGUACAAGAACAUCUGCCAGCAGGUGAACAUCAAGUCCCUGGAGGAUGUGGUCAGGGCUUACCUCAAGCUGGCUGAAGAGAAAACCGAAACUGCCAAGGAGGAGUCCCAGCAGAUGGUGCUUGACAUUGAGGACCUUGAUAACAUCCAGACUCCUGAGAGUGUGCUGCUGAGUGCUGUCAGUGGAGAGGAUACACAGGAUCGUACAGACCGCCUAUUGCUGACUCCCUGGGUGAAAUUCCUCUGGGAGUCUUACAGGCAGUGUCUGGAUCUUCUGCGCAACAAUUCCAAGGUGGAGCGCUUGUACCAUGACAUUGCUCAGCAAGCCUUCAAGUUCUGCUUGCAAUACACCCGCAAAGCUGAGUUCCGGAAAUUGUGUGACAACCUGCGAAUGCAUCUGGGACAGAUCCAGCGUCACCACAACCAGAGCACAGCCAUCAACCUCAACAAUCCUGAGAGCCAGUCCAUGCACCUGGAGACGAGGCUGGUGCAGCUGGACAGCGCCAUUAGCAUGGAGCUCUGGCAGGAAGCAUUCAAGGCAGUUGAAGACAUUCAUGGCCUGUUUGCACUGUCUAAGAAACCGCCCAAACCCCAGCUGAUGGCCAACUAUUAUAACAAAGUUUCGACUGUGUUUUGGAAGUCUGGUAAUGCCCUGUUCCAUGCCUGUACACUGCACCGGCUGUACCAUCUCUCCAGGGAAAUGAGGAAGAACCUUACCCAGGAGGAAAUGCAGAGGAUGUCCACCCGGGUGCUUCUUGCAACUCUGUCUAUUCCCAUCACCCCAGAACGUACUGAUAUUGCUCGUCUUUUGGACAUGGAUGGCAUUAUUGUGGACAAACACAGGCGUCUGGCUACUCUUCUAGGCCUGCAGGCUCCACCUACCCGUCAAGGCCUCAUCAACGACAUGGUGAGAUUCAACCUGCUGCAGUAUGUUGUACCAGAUGUUAAGGAACUAUAUAAUUGGCUGGAGGUGGAUUUUCACCCUCUGAAACUCUGUGGCAGAGUAACCAAGCUUUUGAACUGGGUGAGAGACCAAGCUGAGAAAGAGCCUGACCUCCAGCAUUACGUUCCUCAUUUGCAGAACAACACCAUUCUCAGGCUGCUUCAGCAGGUGGCCCAGAUCUACCAGAGCAUUGAGUUCAGCCGGCUGGCUUCACUUGUUCCCUUUGUGGAUGCCUUUCAGUUGGAGCGCUCCAUUGUUGAUGCCGCCAGACAUUGUGACCUGCAGGUGCGGAUCGAUCACACAUCUCGUACCCUCAGCUUUGGGUCUGACUUGAACUACUCCACCAAGGAGGACUCUCCUGUGGGUCCUUUCUUGCAGAACAUGCCCUCCGAGCAAAUCAGAAACCAGCUUACAGCCAUGUCCUCUGCCCUGGCCAAGGCCAUUGAUAUCGUCAAGCCUCCAUCCAUUCUGCAAGAGCGGGAGGAGCAGAACCAGCAGGCGAUCGCAGCUUACCUGAAGAACGCCCGCAAGGAGCACCAGCGCAUUUUGGCCCGUCGGCAAACAAUUGAGGAGCGCAAAGAGCGCCUCGAGAGCCUGAACAUCCAGCGGGAGAAGGAGGAGCUGGAGCAGCGCGAGGCGGAGCUGCAGAAGGUGCGCAAGGCCGAGGAGGAGCGCCUUCGCCAAGAGGCCAAAGAGCGAGAGAAGGAACGGAUCAUGCAAGAGCACCAGGAAAUCAAGAUCAAGACUUUGAGGGAGCGCCUGGAGCAGAUCAAGAAGACUGAGCUGGGGGCCAAAGCCUUUAAAGACAUUGACAUUGAGGACCUUGAGGAGCUGGACACAGACUUCAUCAUGGCCAAGCAAGUGGAGCAGCUGGAGAAGGAGAAGAAAGAGCUCCACGAGCGCCUGAAGAACCAGGAGAAGAAGAUUGACUACUUUGAAAGAGCCAAACGUCUGGAAGAAAUUCCCCUGAUUAAAAAGGCUUAUGAAGAGCAGCGAAUUAAAGACAUGGAGCUGUGGGAACUACAGGAGGAAGAAAGAAUUAACAACAUGAAAGUGGAGAGAGAAAAGGCAUUAGAACACAAGCAGAGAAUGUCCCGAAUGAUGGAAGACCAGGAGUACUUUGUCUCCAAGAUCACUGCUGCGCGCCGUUCAGUGUAUGAGGAAAAACUGAAACAGUUUCAGGAGCGGCUGGUGGAAGAGAGGAAAAAGCGCCUGGAGGAGCGCAAAAAGCAACGUAAAGAGGACAGACGAAAUACCUACUACCGGGAGAAGGAAGAGGAGGCCCAGCGCAUCCAUGAGGAGCAACUUAAAAAGGAGCGUGAGGAACAAGAGCGGAUCGAGAGGGAGCAACGAGAGGAGGAAGAGAGGGAGUACCAGGAGCGUCUGCGGAAACUGGAGGAGCAGGAGAGGAAGCAGCGCGCCAGGCAGCAGGAGAUUGAGGAGCGCGAACGGCGUAAAGAGGAGGAAAGGAGAAUGCCCGAGGAAAAAGGCAUGAAGGAUUCUUCCCAGCGCUGGGCUGAUAAAGAUGAAGGAGGAUGGAGGAAACGCAUUGAGGGUGGUGAAUCCGAUUGGCGACGCCCUGUUCCAGACCGCAGUGAUGAUGAUAAGCCUGCAUUCCGUCGUGAGGAAGAGCGGGAACCACCUUUCAGAAGGGGAGGAGAUGACAGAGGCCCACGCAGGGGUAUAUCUGAUGACCGAGUGCCAAGGAGGGGCUUUGAUGACGACUGGGCCCCGAAAAGAGGGGUGGAUGAAGACCGGGCCCUGAAAAGAGGGGUGGAUGAUGACUGGGGGCCAAAAAGAGGGGUGGAUGAUGACUGGGGGCCGAAAAGAGGGGUGGAUGAGGACCGGGUCCCGAAAAGAGGGGUGGAUGAGGACCGGGUCCCGAAAAGAGGCGUGGAUGAAGACAGAGGGCCCCGAAGAGGGAUGGAUGAUGACAGGGGACCCCGAAGAGGAUUUGAUGAAGACCGAGGCCCUAGACGGGGGUUGGAUGAAGACAGGGGUCCCAGGAGAGGUGCUGAUGAGGACUGGGCUCCCCGGCGAGGUGGUGACGAUGAAAGAGGGCCCAGAAGAGGAAUGGAUGAUGACCCUAAACCUUGGAAACCUCUGGGUAGACCAGAUGCGCGAGAGAAGCAAGAUCUGUGUCUUGCUGUUGGCGAUGGACCGGCAGUGGGUGGAUGGAGGGAAAGAGAGAAGGCCCGGGAGGAAAGCUGGGGUCCCCCGCGUGACACGGGUUGUGACGAUGGUGACGAGCGCGACAGAGAUGACAGGGAUGACGCAGACAGCGAGCGCUUUAGAGAUCGUCGUCCUCCAAGGGAGGAGAGCGGCUGGAGGCGGGGAGGUGGGGAGGAGCAGAGCUGGAGGGACUCAACUCGUCGGGACGACUGGGACCGCGGGGAGCGCGACAGACGCGAUGAUCGUGACCGCCGGGACUUGAGAGAGCGGAGGGAUGACCGAGACCGUCGCGGCCCACCCAGAGGAGAGCGUGAAGAAGGGGGCAGCUGGCGUCGUGCCGGGGAAGAGAAGAGAGACGAGCGCCGUGAUGAGAGAGACGUUCCUCGCAGGGCCCCUCCUAGGGAGAGAGAGCGGGACCGUGAUGGGGACAGAGGCACCUGGCGCUCAGAAAAAGACAAGGAGGUCCCACGCCGCACCAAGAACGAGAUCGAUGAUGAUGGCUGGACCACUGUCCGCCGCUGAUCACUUUUCCUCAGCUUUAGUGUGUCAGUGGGGUCUGAAUCUGUCCUGCUUAAUAUAUAACCAUACACAGUUGUUUCAGGUGGUGUGCUGUCAUAAUCUUUUUAAACACAGUAAGUGACCUCUCAUGAUUCAUGAAGCUAGUGAUGUGAAGAGAAAUACAGAUGCAGAAUAUAACUUAGAUUAUGCUUACCUUCACAGAGUAUCAAUUUUGCGUAUCUUUCCAAAACUUUGUAUCUUGAAAAGCAACUUCUUUAAAACAAUUAAUGAAAAUUAAAGGACUUCCUGUGCUUAUUUGAGUGUCCAAGGUAAGAUUUCUUCAUAUGUUCCACUGGGAAGUGUGAGGUUGUUCUAGGUAGAUUUAACCAUCCAUUCUAUUCUAUCCCUGUUAGGCAAAGUGAUGUUACAGAAAAAAUUAUAUGCAUUUCAAAUCUGGAUUACUGAUGAAAUAUCUUGUUCUGUUACUGCUACUAAAAUUAAGUGGUUGUAACAUCAGUAAAUGUGCACAUGGAAAAUUAAAAUUCACUGGGUUUGGCUUGUUGGCCUUUUUGAAAUGUCACACCCGUCAUUGUAUACAUCUUAAAAAGCCUUACUUGAUGAGUCAAAUAUUAAAGAGUUGAUAAACAUU